AUAAAGCGCAGGCGGUGGCACAAGAGUGUGAAGAAUAUUGAGCUUUCACAAGAUUUGACAAUUUUCGGGAAUUAGAAGUUUUUGUGGCUCUAGGGGACAAUUUCAUUGGGAAUUGAGGACCCGGUGGAGGAAAAUGAGAGUCAGUGAACUCGGGAAUAAGGGGGACAGGUGGAAUAAUCAAUAGGGGCGUGCGGGUGAGUGAAAUACGUCGGGAAUUACAACUGCAACUGUUGCUUAUGGAGGAUUUAUCGGUUUUGACUGUGAAUUUAUGCAAAAGCUGGCGGGAUUGAUGUGUUUCUUUGAGAUUGAAGGGAAGUCGGGGCUGGGAGACAGUCGGAGGAGUUUUCUGUGAGUGGAAUGUGUGGGAAUGAACUGAUUUGUCGAGAUUAAUUAGUCAAAUCAGUGAGGGAAGACUAUUUUGUUAUUAUUUUUUCAAGUGUAAAAAGUGGAAUUUUAUGUUUUUGGCAUUUGGGAGUUUACAGCGGGAGUGGGGAAUUUUGUGAGAUGGUUAGGAAUAUUUUUCUUUGGGAAUUUCCUCGGCUGUAGAAAUAAAAUGAAAUGUCCAAGAGGACACCUAAAAUCAGCUCCGAACACGUGAGGAAGCCCCCAACCAUGACAGUCGCCCGUGAUAAAAAUCCCUCGAGCUUCGUUGUACCAAUAUCUCCAGCGAGAAAGAGUCCCUGGCCCAGUGGCAUCGACUCAAGCUGGGAUAAUAACAGCGGUGCAACGUCUUCCUCGUGGCCUGAAGACAUUGAGGAAGUUGCGACGAAAAAAGUACUGGACUUGUGGAACGCUGUUGAAAGAAUUCUUUACAAAGAGGAUAAUGAGGAGGAGGCGUUGGCCCAGGGGAGUGUCGCGGAGGAGUGUAUUCAGUGGAGGACACAGAUCCCACAUUUUAGAGUCGUUGGGAAGAAGAUGAAUAUUCAAGUUGUUGAUGAAGAUGGGGAGAUUUGUACAGCGGAAUUGGGGAGAGACCUUCAGAGCAAAAAUGAGGAGAUUAGUGAUAGUGGGAAGAAAAAGCCCACAUCAUCAAAACGAAGCAAAGACCUCAAAGAAAAAAUCAUAGAUCUCCUGGUAGAUUACAUAAUGGAUGAAGUAGAAAAGGACGAUAUACCGUCAGACACAUCAAAGGACCUAGACGACGUACUCCGUAUAACUCCAGCGCCAACGUACAGUGGUAGAAAGACAUUGAAAUCGCGCGAACUAAGUAAUUCAAGUAGAAAUCGUAGUGCCAAUAGAAUAAAAUCGUUCGAAUUGACUGAACUGAUUCCCAAUAGUAAAGCUUUCAAAAAACUACCGCAAAAUGCCAAAAACUCAAUUGACGAUAAUAAUGAGGAUGAGGAUGAUGAUGUCUCGAGUGUUGAUACGAAUCAGCUUGGUAGAAAUAAACUUGGGACUGUUUUUAAUAAGAAAAUUGUUGUCAGUCCUGUGCCAUUUGCGGUUACAACGCGCGAGAGUUUUUGCACGUUGAGAACAACACCGAUUAAAUAUGCUGGACAUCUACUAGAGCUUACGACACCUCAGGGAUUUUACAGAAAUAUGAGUUCAGCGUCUAAAAUCAACUCGGCAAAGCGUUCGACCCUUUCCAAACUUCCCCAGCGGCACUCGUCAGCCUGGCAGGCCCCAGUGUCCCGUUCAGCCUGUCCAAAAAACGUUCGCCUUGCCCCCAUCGAUCCCUCGAGAUUGCCCAGCAGUAAUAAAAAUAGGUCAGUGGCCCUACCAGCAUUACCUCAGCGGCACAAAAAUUCACUCAGUCCAAUUUCUCGGCCAUUCAAGGUCACGUCCGCGGAUAAUUUCACAGUCGUGAGUUUGGAGAUUCAGGGCAAGCAGAUCGCACAAUCUGCAAAGCCCAAUUUAAUCCAAAAUGGAUGGGGUAAUCCGAGAACACAGAGGAGGAAAAAAAAGGUGGAGAACGAGUGAUCGAUCUCGAGUGGCCUAGACUGAUGAAUAAAGUUUUGUGAUUGGCGGAGGAAUUUUAUAACGUUGUUGAGGAAUUUGAGAGAGUGAUUGCACUUUUUUUAGAGUAACCACUGCAGGGGGAGUCCUCUAUGGCACAUGAGUUCGAUAUUAAUUGAUGAUCGAUCUACCUCACUUUUGUAAUUGUUGAGCUUGAGGAGGUGGCAACAGCUGCA